AGCAGCAUAUUUUUUGGAGUUCCCCAAGAAUGGGCUGGGGCAGGAGUAGGAGAAAUCUUAAAAACCAUGAUUAAAUAUAAAACCCGAGCCCCGAUUAUUCUUUUAGACGAGUUUGAGAAGUGUGAUAAAUCCGUUCAGCAAGUAUUAGGGAAUUUGACAGAUGAAACUCUUAACAAGAAAUUUAAAGAUGUCUUUUUUGAUUUUCCUGUGCCGAUAAAUGAGGUGAUAUUUUUUUGCACAGCUAAUUAUCCCGAAGAUAUUGAACCUUUUUUAUUAAGUAGAUUAACCCGAGUAAAAAUUGAACCUCUUACUUUUGCUGAAAGAAUUGAAGUGGCCCAAGGAUUGAUUGAUUAUAAUUUUGCCAAGUAUGAAAUUAGUAGGUUAAAAGAUAAAUUUGAUUUAGAUUUGAUUAAGAAAUGUUUAUGUAAAGAAUGGGGAGUGAGACAAUUAAAAAGUAAUAUUCAGAGAUUAGUUUAUGAAGUAUUUUUAUUAGAAGGGGAGGGAAUGUUGCCCGAGGAUUGGCAUAAUUAUGAUUGA